AGAUCUGAAUGCAAGACGAAAUUCUGGCUCCGGAGUGAAAAUGAUGUCAUGGUGCCCUCAGUAUCGCAGUUCAAAGUUCCGCCACGUCUACGGCAAGGCCGCCAGCAAGGAGAACUGCUACGACUGCGUCCCCAUCACCCAGAGUGUCCAUGACAACCACUUCUGCGCUGUGAACCCACAUUUCAUUGCCGUGGUGACAGAGUGCGCGGGUGGAGGGGCCUUCCUGGUGAUACCAGUAAAUCAAACGGGAAAACUCGAUCCGCACUACCCGCGCGUCUGUGGCCACAAGGGCAACGUGCUGGACAUCAAGUGGAACCCUUUCAAUGACUUCAUAAUCGCUUCCUGCUCUGAAGACGCAACGGUGAAAGUCUGGAACAUUCCGCAGCACUUGCUAAAGCAAAGCAUCACGCAUGCGCAGAAGGAACUCCUGGGUCAUGCGCGAAGGGUGGGGCUUAUCGAAUGGCACCCAACUGCGAGCGACAUUCUUUUCAGCACCGGUUAUGAUUAUAAGGUCAUGAUCUGGAACCUCGACACCAAAGAGUCUGUCAUUGAGACCCCGGUGAAGACAAUCAGCUUCCACACGGACGUGAUCCUCUCCAUGUCCUUCAACACAGACGGGAGCCUCCUGGCCACAGCCUGCAGGGACAGGAAGAUACGGAUCAUCGACCCCCGAGCAGGAACCCUUUUACAGGAGGCAAGCAGCAAGUCCCACCGAGUGAAUAAAGUCUUGUUUCUAGGAAAUAUGAAGAAGCUGGUCUCCACAGGGACGUCCAGGUGGAAUAACAGGCAAAUUGCAAUCUGGGACCAGGGUGACCUUUCUGUGCCUUUAGUAGAAGAGGACAUCGACGGCUCCUCGGGACUCCUGUUUCCUUUCUAUGACGCUGACACCCACAUGCUGUAUGUUUUGGGCAAGGGUGAUGGAAACAUCCGGUACUACGAGAUAAGUUUGGAGAAGCCAUACCUCAAUUACCUGAUGGAAUACCGAUCCCCUUUACCCCAGAAAGGCAUCGGAACCAUGCCAAAGAGGGGUCUGGACGUCUCUUCCUGCGAGAUCUUCCGAUUCUACAAACUGAUUCCGAUGAAGAGCUUGAUCGAGCCCGUUUCGAUGAUCGUGCCUCGGCGGUCUGAAUCGUACCAGGAAGACAUCUACCCGAUGACAGCUGGAGUCCAGCCAGCACUGGCAGCAGCAGAAUGGCUGAACGGCGUGAAUAAAGGCCCCGUAUUGAUGUCCCUGAGACCUGGCUCUGUCAUCUUAAACUCUUUACCACCGUUUCCCGAGGAGUCGUCUCCGGAAGCCACAGAGCCUGUCCUGUACCGGAGCAGGAUGGCCGAAACCACUGAAAAGCCAAGCAGGAUCCAAGAGAAAUGGGGGAACCGGAGAGCGGAGGAAAGAGGCCAGGGUGACAAGAGAACAAUGGGGCGGUCAAAUGGCGUUGAUGCAUUUGAGUCUCCUCCCCCUAAAACGGAAAAUGAGCCACCUUGCAAGAGUACAGAAGGCGGAGGGAUCGUAGAGAGGCCAAAGCUCACCUGA